AUGGGUCAGAGAGACAUCCUUCGAUGCGAUCUCUUCUCAAAUGGUUUAAAUUCAGAUCGGCGAAAUGAACGGCUGCUUAGCUUCAUUUUCCUCACUUUCUCACCAACCCUCCGAGUGGGUGCUUCGAUCCACGAGUACCGCAACGAGGCCUUCAUUCGUCGCUCCAAUUCCUUCUUCUUCUAUGGCGGCAGUGAGGGCCUCUACGCCUCCAAGCUCCACUCGCAAAACGACAAGGUCGUUUCUGAAGAUAAGCCCCUCAAUGGCAAGUCCUUCAUCAGGUUCGAAUCGAUCACUUUUCGAAGAACCAAAAAGUCCGCGGAGCAGAAGAAUGAGAUGCAGCAGAGGACUGGAUUGGUUGAGGCUAUAAUACUUGAUGUCAGAGACAGGGAUAAGAUUGGGGGUUCUUAUUUGAACUCCAUUGCAAUAUGCUGUACCCCAGAACUUGCAAAGGACGGUUCCUGCAAGGUUGGAGAGGUUAUAAUCCACCAAGACCUUGAUAAGCCAAAUGGGCCACAAAGAAUCCAGACUUUCUUUGAAGGGAAAAAUGAAGAGGCUUCAAUGGUACUCCGCACAAUUGAGAUCAACAGUACUGGAAUGUACUAUCUGUAUUUCAUGUUUUGUGAUCCGGAACUCGUGGGCACGGUGAUCAGUGGGAGAACAGUUUGGAGGAACCCAGAUGGUUACCUGCCGGGAAAGAUAGCGCCUCUGAUGACGUUUUCUGGCUUAAUGUCAUUGGCUUACCUUGUUCUAGGUCUUGUUUGGUUCCUCCGAUUUGUGCAGUACUGGAAAGAUAUAAUGCAGUUGCACUAUCACAUAACUGCUGUGAUUGCUCUUGGAAUGUGUGAGAUGGCCCUCUGGUAUUUUGAGUAUGCAAAUUUCAAUUCCACUGGAAGCAGACCAAUGGGAAUCACCAUAUGGGCAGUGACCCUCACUGCGGUGAAAAAGACCAUCUCCCGGUUGCUGCUUCUGGUGGUUUCUAUGGGCUAUGGAGUUGUGAGGCCAACUCUUGGAAGCGUAACCUUGAAAAUACUUCUCCUUGGUGUGAUGUACUUUGUCGCUUCAGAAGCACUUGAACUUGUUGAACAUUUGGGGAAUAUCAAUGAUUUUUCUGGGAAAGCAAGGAUUUUUCUGGUACUACCCGUGGCUCUGCUAGAUGCUUGUUUUAUUCUGUGGAUCUUCUCAUCAUUAUCUAAAACUUUGGAGAAGCUUCAGAUUCGAAGAAGCAUGACCAAACUGGAGCUUUACAGGAAGUUUACCAAUUUUCUUGCAGUAUCAGUGCUGCUCUCUGUUGUUUGGAUUGGCUAUGAGUUGUACUUCAAUGCCACUGACCCACUGAGCGAACUUUGGCGAGCGGCUUGGAUCAUUCCAACUUUCUGGACGUUGCUCGCUUAUAUAAUCUUAGUAGUGAUAUGCGUUCUCUGGGCUCCAUCUCAGAACCCAACUGGAUAUGCAUACUCAGAGGAGAUCAGAGAUGACUUCGACGAAGAGGGUAUCUCGCUUACUGCCAGUGGAGUUAAGGUGGCCGGAGAUGUGGCAAUCAUUCUUGAAAGGAAGGAGAGGAAGGCAUUAGCUGCAGGAGAUCAUCAUGUGUUUGGACUUGGUGAAGAUCUUGAAGAAGACAAGAGGGAAUAAUAAGCCUUCUUCUUCCUAUAUUUAUCUUAUAUAUCUCACAUAUGCAUAUAUACAUCACGCAGGAAUGACUUCUUCACAAUCACAUGGCUAUUAGAGAAAAGAAAAAAGUGGGGUGCAAGGGUGAGAACAAUGAGGGUAACUUCAACUAUACUUUUGCUUAACCAAACCUUUAACUAUUUACGUUUCACCACCCAUAAUUUAAAAAGUUAAAAUCAAAAAUCAAAGCUAUUAUUUUUAUGAAAGCGCUUAGGCACAAAUUAGGGACCGACUUGUAUGAUGCU